UCUUCUCUCCAACAAUCGCGUGCCGACCAUCCCAAAUUUCCACUCUCUCUCUCUCCUCCCUCUCUCUCUCUCUCUAACUCUGUCCGCUGGUUACCCCAAUUUGACUCUAAAAAAAUUCUUAUAUUUUCUGGGGUCUCUCUCUUUAUUCCACCAAGAACUUCUUAUAAAGCAAUCCACACAUAAACCCGCUCCCAAAAAAAAAAAAAAAACCACCACCGUAAUAAGCCAAACAAAAUAAAAUAGCAUCAUUUCUGUUCAAUAACAAGCUUCUUCUUCAUGAAUAAUCACACUUGAAGAAGAAGAACAGAAGAAGAUGUCAAACAUACCCACUUCUCUCUCUGAAGGCUGCUUAACUCUCUUCCGUCUCACCAUGUCCGAAGCUGAUCCUUGGCCCUUUUCCUAAGCCCCCCCGCACUCUAUCAAAAGAUUCAAAGCCCACCCUUUGUUUUUUUGGCACUAAAAGAAACCCAUCUUUUCUUAAGUUCUUCUAAGCCUUCUCUUUAAUUUCUUGAGACAGAGAAAAAUGAGAAAGAUACGAGGUUUCAAGCUCGGAAAGCGUUUAUUCCGGGUCACCAAAUGGGUCCUUCGGAAAACCCGAAUCCGAACGGGAUACCGCCGGCUGAGCCGGUCUUCAUGGGCCGGAGAAUCCAAGCCCAUGUCGAAGCUCCUCACAUGGGGUCGCCGCCUAACGACGGGAGCGAAAUCCCUCUGCUGGGCCAAGCCCGCGCCGGGUUAUGUCCCGCUGGGCCAGGAACCGGUUGAGAGCAAGCAAACGACGGUCCCUAGGGGUCACCUGGCGGUGUACGUGGGGCAAAAAGACGGCGACUUUCACAGAUUUAUGGUGCCCGUCAUUUACUUUAACCAUCCCCUCUUCAGCGAGCUCUUGAGGGACGCCGAGGAGGAGUACGGGUUCCAGCACCAGGGCGGCAUAACGAUUCCUUGUCGGAUCUCGGAAUUCGAGCGGGUCCAGACCCGAAUCGCCGCCGGGUCGGGUCAUCGCAAGCUGACGUGGAAGCGCCAUCAUUGAUUGGUUCUUGUGUUUGACCCUUAUGUGGUGGUGAUCAUCCAUGGCGGUGAUGAUGAUGAUGAUGAUAACGAUGUUUUAGAAUUUUUGAUUAGUUAGUGGUUUUUUUGCUUUUUGGUUUUUUCGCUUUUUUAUUUUUUAUUAUUUUGAAUAUACGUGUUGUAAUGGAAUUUUUAGAUGUGCAUAUAUAAACGGUAAUUAUAUUCAGAAAAA